GACCUCCCUCCCCAGGAAGCAAGUUCCAGGCUCCUUUCUCAGAAGAGAUAAUGAUUUUGGUCCUGCCUCUGUGCUCCCCCGCACCCUGCUCGUUGCACACUUUGAAGCGACUGGCCUGUUAAUUAACUUUAAUUACAACCCUUGGCCUCCACCCACUUGAACCCAACACCGUGCAGGGGGACCUGUGGAGAAUGAGUUUAUGAGAUUGCUCCUUCUUCACUUUUGGAGACAGUUCUCUUGGGAGAAUGGGUGUCAUCCUAUUUAUUGAAACGUUAAGCUCACGAAACAUUCUUCAUGGAGAACAUAACAUUUGAGAAGAUAACUUCUUGAAUGGUAAAGGAAGAACCAAUAGAGAAGUAUAUCUUAUAUAUGCGCCUCAUUGUGCUGCUUUGUAGAAUUUAGCUUAGUAAUGAAGCCACCAUUAUGUCCUCAGUCAGUGAAGUAAAUAUUGAUAUCAAAGAUUUCUUAAUGAGCAUUAAUUUGGAGCAGUACCUCUUACAUUUUCAAGAGUUUGGUUUUUAUACUGUGAAGGACUGUGGAGGAAUAAAUGAUAGUGUGCUACAUGAAAUCGGAAUAUCACCUACAGGUCACCGUAGGAGGAUACUAAAAAAAUUACAAAUGAUCUUGUCAAACAUGCAAGAAAUUCCAAUAUAUGCAAAUAUUCGUAAAACAAAGAAUGAAGGCACUUCAAAGGAUUGCCAUGCUCCAUCUUCUGAGAGGAACACCUGCAUGGAAAUUUCUGUUUCUGGAAGUACUCAGACACCUAGCUUGACACAGUUGGAGACAGUUAAAAAUCUGGAUCAGAAUGACAUUCAUAUGAAAAAAAGCCAAUCUUUCCAAGCGGAUGAGAAGUUAGCUCUUUCUGAACAUGACUUGCCCAUUUCAGAAGAAUUACACCAGAAUUUGGAUUCUCGUGAUUCAUUAUCUGGUAAGAUAGAAUCUUUGCUUAUGAAGAAGACUACAGAUGGUACAGUUAAAGAACAACCAACAGAAAAAGUUGAUUUGGUGUCAGAAGACUUCAGCAUACUUCCUAAUGCAGACCCUGAAUGUCAUUUUUCCUGGAAUUGUUCAGCGUCAGAAGCGCAGUCUACAAGUGGACCUAAUGGCUUAGUAGAAAGAUCACUACCAUCCCCACUGUUUCCGUUUCAAGGAGAAAUGGUUGUAAAUGAUUUGUAUGUUCCGUCAUCACCAGUGUUGUCACCUAUGAGAAGUCGUAGCAAGCUGGUUUCAAGGCCCUCUCGAUCUUUUCUGCUGAGACAUCGGCCUGUUCCAGACAUUCCAGGGGCGACAAAAGGAAUUUCAGGGAGCUACUUCCGUGAGAGAAGAACUGUUACUACCUCAACUGGAAAAUCUGUGACACUGCCAAAUUCAAACGAGGAGAAUUCAUCUUCCAUCUUUCCUUAUGGAGAGACCUUUCUCUUCCAGAGACUAGAAAAUUCCAAGAAGAGGUGUAUAAAGAAUGAAUUUUGGACUCAUGAACAAACACUCAAAGGGGAAGCAAAUACUUCAGUGAACUCUUUUUUAAUCAAAUCAAGCAUAUAUGAUAAUAGAAAGGAAAAAAUAAGUGAAGACAAAGUAGAAGAUAUUUGGAUACCCCGAGAAGACAAAAACAAUCUCCUGCAAGACUCUGCUUCUGAAUCAGAAUACUCAACAGUGGAAGAAUGCUUUCAGAGUUUAAGAAGAAAAAAUUCAAAGGCAUCUAAGUCUAGGACUCAAAAAGCAUUAAACAUGGACCCUGCUAAUAGGCACAGUUAUCCUUUAAACUCAACAAGUGGAAAUGCAGAAUCGUCAGCUGUUUCCUCAAAUGCCAUCUCUCCCUAUGCAUGUUUCUAUGGAUCUUCCACAAUGAAGGUUAAAUCAGGAUGGUUGGACAAGCUCUCUCCUCAAGGAAAACGUAUGUUUCAGAAGAGAUGGGUGAAAUUUGAUGGCCUUAGCAUUUCUUACUACAACAAUGAUAAAGAGAUGUAUUCAAAAGGAAUAAUUCCCCUUUCUGCUGUAUCUACCGUACGAGUUCAAGGAGACAACAAAUUUGAAGUUGUUACCACACAAAGAACUUUUGUGUUUAGAGCAGAAAAAGAAGAGGAGCGGAAUGACUGGAUCAGCAUACUGUCAAAUGCACUGAAACUACACUCCCUUACUUCUCAGUCUCAAGUGGCUGUUGCACCUGAGAAAUGUGGAUAUCUUGAACUGAGAGGGUACAAAGCCAAAAUUUUUACUGUGUUAAAGGGAAGCAGUGUGUGGCUUUGUAAAAAUGAGCAGGAUUUUAAGAGUGGACUUGGUAUUACCAUAAUUCCUAUGAACGUAGCAAAUGUAAAGCAAGUGGAUCGAACUGUGAAACAGUCUUUUGAAAUUAUCACUCCCUAUAGGAGUUUCAGCUUCACAGCUGAGUCUGAAAAAGAGAAACAAGACUGGAUUGAAGCUGUGCAGCAAUCAAUAGCAGAAACUCUCUCUGAUUAUGAAGUAGCUGAGAAGAUUUGGUUCAAUGAGUCCAACAGGAGCUGUGCAGAUUGUAAAGCCCCAGAUCCUGACUGGGCAUCCAUCAAUCUCUGUGUUGUCAUCUGUAAGAAGUGUGCAGGACAGCAUAGAUCUUUGGGACCAAAAGAUUCCAAGGUUAGAAGUCUAAAAAUGGAUGCCAGCAUUUGGAGCAAUGAACUCAUAGAGCUUUUUAUCGUUAUUGGGAACAAAAGAGCGAAUGAUUUUUGGGCUGGUAACCUUCAAAAGGAUGAAGAAUUACAGAUGGACUCACCAGUAGAAAAGAGAAAGAACUUUAUUAUUCAGAAAUACAGAGAAGGAAAAUUUAGAAAAACUCUUCUGGCCUCUCUGACCAAAGAAGAAUUAAAUAAGGCUCUAUGUGCUGCUGUCGUGAAACCAGACGUGCUGGAGACCAUGGCUUUGCUCUUCAGUGGCGCAGAUGUCAUGUGUGCCACCGGAGACCCUGUGCACAGCACCCCCUAUCUGUUGGCCAAGAAAGCUGGACAGAGUCUGCAGAUGGAAUUUCUGUACCAUAACAAAUUCUCAGAUUUCCCUCAACAUGACAUUCAUUCUGACACUGGCCUAAGUCAGGAGCCCGCCCAGGCCACGUUCCUGUGUGACUUCUUGUAUCAGGUGCCUGCUUCUGCUUCUAAAGUAUCUUCAGAGAAAAAAAUACUUGAAGAGACAAAUAAAAAGUGGUGUGUUUUGGAAGGAGGAUUCUUGAGUUACUAUGAAAAUGAUAAGUCUACUACACCUAAUGGCACCAUUAACAUCAGUGAAGUUAUCUGCCUGGCUAUCCACAAAGAAGACUUCUAUUUAAAUACUGGGCCUGUUUUUAUUUUUGAGAUCUACUUACCCUCAGAGCGUGUGUUUUUAUUUGGAGCUGAAACAUCUCAAGCUCAAAGAAAAUGGACGGAGACUAUAGCUAAGCAUUUUGUUCCCUUUGUUGCCGAAAACUUAACAGAAGCUGAUUAUGAUUUGAUUGGUCAACUCUUCUACAAAGAUUGCCACGCUCUGGAUCAGUGGAAGAAAGGCUGGUUUGCUAUAGAUAAAUCUAGUUUGCGUUUUUGCCUUCACAUGCAAGAAGCUCAAGAAGAUAGAAUGCAUUUAAGACGACUGCAAGAGCUAACAACCAGCACAGUGGUUCAAAAUGGGGAAAAAUUGGAUGUCUUAUUCCUGGUAGAAAAAGGGAGAACGUUAUACAUCCACGGGCAUACCAAGCUGGAUUUCACAGUCUGGCAUACUGCAAUUGAAAAAGCAGCAGGUACAGAUGGUAAUGCAUUACAAGAUCAGCAGCUCAGCAAAAAUGACGUCCCCAUUAUUGUGAACAGCUGUAUAGCAUUUGUUACACAGUAUGGUUUGGGUUGCAAGUAUAUCUACCAAAAGAAUGGUGAUCCUUUGCACAUAAGUGAACUCCUGGAGAAUUUCAAGAAGGAUGCACGAAGCUUUAAAUUGAGGGCUGGAAAGCAUCAGCUUGAAGAUGUGACGGGUGUGCUGAAAAGUUUUCUCUCCGACAUCGAUGAUGCGCUUCUCACUAAGGAGCUCUAUCCAUACUGGGUCUCUGCCUUAGAUACACAAGAUGAGAAGGAAAGAAUUAAAAAGUAUGGAGCAUUUAUACGUACUCUUCCAGGGGUCAACCGAGCAACUCUUGCAGCUAUAAUUGAACACCUUUACAGGGUUCAGAAAUGCUCAGAAAUCAAUCACAUGAAUGCCCAUAAUUUGGCUUUGGUGUUUUCAUCGUGUUUAUUUCAAACUAAGGGACAAACUAGUGAAGAAGUGAAUGUAAUUGAGGACUUAAUUAAUAAUUAUGUUGAAAUAUUUGAGGUUAAAGAAGACCAAGUCAAACAAAUGGACAUAGAAAAUAGCUUUAUUACCAAGUGGAAAGACACUCAAGUUUCCCAGGCUGGAGAUUUGUUAAUUGAAGUAUACGUAGAGAGGAAGGAACCAGACUGUAGCAUUAUAAUUCGGAUAUCUCCUGUGAUGGAAGCAGAAGAAUUGACCAAUGACAUAUUAGCAAUAAAAAAUAUUGUUCCUACAAAAGGUGAUAUAUGGGCCACAUUUGAAGUCAUUGAAAAUGAAGAGCUAGAGCGUCCUCUUCACUACACAGAAAAUAUAUUGGAGCAGGUGCUUCGGUGGAGUGCAUUAGCUGAACCCGGUUCUGCUUAUCUUGUGGUGAAGAGAUUCUUAUCUCUUGACACAAUUAAACAUUACAGAGAAAAGGGUAUCAAGGAAGGAGUUUUAAAAGUCAAAGAAGAGCCAUCUAAAUUACUGUCUGGAAAUAAAUUUCAAGACCGAUACUUUGUUCUACGAGACGGAUGCCUCUUUCUUUACAAGGACCCAAAGAGCAGUAAACAUGACAAAAUGUUUCCUCUGAGUUCGGUGAAAUUUUAUCUUGGUGUAAAAAAGAAAAUGAAGCCUCCGACAAGCUGGGGAUUGACCGCAUAUUCAGAAAAGCAUCACUGGCACUUGUGUUGUGAUAGUUCACAAACCCAGAUGGAGUGGAUGGCCAGUAUCUUUAUUGCCCAGCAUGAAAAUGACUUAUGGCCACCAGCUGGGAAGGAACGAAAGCGUUCAAUAACCAAAAACCCCAAAAUUGGAGGUUUACCUCUAAUUCCCAUCCAGCAUGAAAGAAAUGCAACCCAAGCCGGGAGAAAUAUUGAGAGUGCAAGAGCAGAACUUGAAAGGCUGCGGCUCAGUGAAAAGCAUGAUAGGGAGACCAUGGAUCCCAGCUUAAAGGACCGAGCCUCCAUCGUAGCCCAGUGCCUGGAGCACAAGGAGGACAAACUUCGAAAUCGAACCAGAAAACACCGGAGUUUCGUCUGCCUGGAGGACACAGAGUCUGAGGUCCAGCAGGGGCAACAGAAAAGCCAUAAGGGUGUAAAAACAUUGAGGAAGACCGAGGACAAGAGUAACAAAGCUCCUUUGGACUCAGAUCAUAAAUUGCCAUCAAAGGUAAUUGAAGAACUUAAUGUGGUUCUACAGCGAUCAAGAACCUUGCCUAAAGAGUUACAGGGUGAACAGAUUUCACAAAAAGAGAUAAAAUGAAUUGAUCCACAAAUUGUUUUUUAAAUAUUGUAUACAAUGUGUAUAAAGUAGAAACCAAACUAUAAAAUAAUUCAUGAGUUUAUAAGCAAACUUGUCUAUAUUUAAGAAAUGUGUCCAUCUAAACUUAAACAUUUAAAGACCAUCUUAAAAUAUGUAUGUAUAUAUUUAUGUGUGUGUGAGUGUGUGUGUGUGUGUGUGUGUGUGUAAUUCAGUGUAAGAUAAACUGUUUUGCUCUGAAUAAACUUGUAAAGUUCAAUUAUAUUAACUUUGUGCAAAAAAGCACUGGGGUACUUAAGUGGUCAACCCUUUUAAAAUAGUAGUUUGCAAAGUGGGUAACUUAUGAGCAGAAGUCUCAGACUGUACUGUAUUGUAUAAAAUGCUGUGUUUAAAUAAAGCCUAUGGAACUAUAUGUAACAUAUUUUGCACUUUGGGAAAACUUGUAUAUUGUUACCAUAUGUUUUUAGGUUUACAUAGGGUCCAUAAUAAGGAAAAGAAAGGGAAUGAAUAGAGAAAGGGGAGAAUGUAUUUCAGUGGCUAACAAGUAACACUGAGUUUUUAAGUGGAGGAAAGUUAGCAUAUGCCCUACCAUCGUCUUAGAAAGUGACUCUUUCUAGUUCACUAAGGACCAGAGCUCAAGAAAAACUGCUUGUUAAGAAAACAGUCCAGGAUCUAAGCAUGUCCCAAGAAGCAUUCAGAUAACCAACUGGAAUAAUGGCACUGGCUGUUCUUAUUUAUGGUGUUGGUGAACAAGCCACAGUGUGUAUUCACUACACUCCAGCUGUUCGUCAGUGGCUGCUAACAGGAAACUUACAUACACUGCACUGGAGGGUUGUAUGCAUGGACCGGGCACAGAUGUCAUUUGCAUGGUUGCUGUAAGCAGGCUAGAUUUUGCAGUUCCUAACUAUAUUUUUGGUACAAACAAAUCGCAUCAUUAUAGGAUCUUACUGCUGCUGUUGCUCUGAUGAUUAAUAUUUUUGGUUUGAUUUUUACGUGAGGUGGUAAUGUCUUUCUGCACUGUCAGAACUGGAAGUGCUUAGCACAUGGGCAUGUGGAGGUAGAGGGAAAGUUAAUGUCCAUGAUACAUUUUCUGACUGGCAGUUCACAUCCCAUUUAAUUGUUUUGGGUUUUUGUUGCUGUUUUUGUUUUAAGAAAGCAACGGUAUUCUGUGUAUAACUAGUAAAGUGACCAAGCCCUCUAUACAAAGCCCUCUAUACAAAGAGGCAUAUGCCUCUUUGUUUCCACAUAAAGAAUACCUACAAAUUGGAAAUUUUUCUCAAACAAUAACAUUUUAUAGCUUAUGUUAUGGACAGCACUUUUCAACAAAUUUCUUACAAAUGUAUUAGAUUUGAUGAGCUUUGAUAUUAAAAAUUAUUUUCUAUAACUAAACUUUAUUUCUCAUAUUUUUCCUACUUGUUAGAUAUUUUUAUGGUCAGAAUUUGUCUAUGUAAGCAAGUCCAGCCAGGGAUUUAGCUCAGCGGCAUAAGCUCCUCUCUGGCAAGCACAAGGUUGUGAGUUUGGUCCCCGGUACCAAAAAAAAAAAAAAGUCCAUACUUCAAUCACUGCGAUCACAGAACAAUAAUGUGAUGUUACAUUCUAUACAUACUAUAAAAUUCUAAUUAUAUUUGGUAGGGAUGAAAUAGUUUACCAUGAUAAAGGGAGUAUUUAUUCUUUAAAUCCAAAUAAAUUGGAAUUAAAUAAAACUGCAGGACAGUUAUAAGUUGCACUGUUAGUGAAAUGUCCUUUAAAGCAAGAAAUCAGCUUAUUUUAGAAGAAAAGCUAAUUUUAAACUAUUAUUUCUAAUAAAUAAUGAUAUUUAUAUUUUUAUGAAAAAAAGAUGAAUGGAAGUUAAUAUGUCCGGUGAUGUUGAACAAUGAGAACAUGUCUGGAGUUUUUAACCUGCCUUUUACCUGAAUUUUUCUUGAAACUUAAGCUUAAAAUCUAAUCACUUCUUUUCUCUUCCUUUUCUGAUCAGUUGUCUCCAUUUUUCAAGAUAAGGACUAUAAAUGACAUCUCCUGUAUUUUGCGUAAAGAUUAAGAUUUUUUUCACAGGUUCAUUUGAAUGUGACUUGUGUAUCUUCCUUGUUUUCAGGAGUUAAAGGUUAUUGUGAAAUAAAUUCACUAUCCAUUUUUUCCUUUCAUUAAAAUUUGAAUUUAAUGUA